UGGCCCGCAACGAGACAGUUGGCGGAGUCUUGUGGCCGCUGCCGGAAAGGGGGAGGAUCGAGCCGGCGGCUGCGACGCCGGCCUGCGCUAAGCCUCUCGCCCGCUCUUGCCUCUUACCGCAUGGUGCCGGCUUCUCGCUAAGCUGGGGCGGCGAGGCGAGAGGGACGCACUGCCGGGGCGGCUCGGAGUCGAGGCUUCCCGUCGCCCGCACUUCCUCCUGUGGCGCCCUUGCGUGGCCGCCUCGGCCAGCGGGAUGGCGGCGGCGGCCCGGGGGAGUGGCCGCGCAUCGGCGCCCCGGCUGCUUCUGCUUCUGCUGCUAGCGCUGCUGUGGGCCCCGGCCGGCGUCCGCGCUGUCCCGGACGAAGACCUUAGCCUUCGGAACAAGGAACCGCCGGCGCCCGCCCAGCAGCUGCAGCCGCAGCCGGCGGCCGUGCAGGGCCCCGAGCCUGCCCGGGCCGAGAAAGGAUUUACACCAGCUGCCCCGGUUCAUUCCAAUAAAGAAGAUCCAGCUACCCAGACAAAUUUGGGAUUUAUCCAUGCAUUUGUCGCUGCCAUAUCAGUUAUCAUUGUAUCUGAGCUGGGUGAUAAGACAUUUUUCAUAGCCGCCAUCAUGGCCAUGCGCUAUAACCGUCUGACGGUGUUGGCUGGGGCCAUGCUUGCCCUGGGCCUGAUGACGUGCUUAUCAGUUUUGUUCGGCUAUGCCACCACAGUCAUCCCCAGGGUGUAUACGUACUAUGUUUCCACUGCAUUAUUUGCCAUUUUUGGCAUUAGAAUGCUUCGAGAAGGCUUAAAGAUGAGUCCAGAUGAGGGUCAAGAGGAACUGGAAGAAGUUCAAGCAGAAUUAAAGAAAAAGGAUGAAGAAUUUCAACGAACUAAACUCUUAAAUGGACCAGGAGAUGUUGAAACGGGUGCAAGCACGACAAUACCCCAGAAGAGAUGGCUGCAUUUUAUCUCCCCCAUCUUCGUUCAGGCUCUCACACUGACAUUCUUAGCCGAAUGGGGUGAUCGCUCCCAACUAACUACGAUUGUUCUGGCAGCUAGAGAGGACCCGUAUGGCGUAGCAGUGGGUGGGACAGUGGGCCACUGCUUAUGCACCGGACUAGCAGUCAUUGGAGGAAGAAUGAUAGCCCAAAAAAUCUCUGUCAGAACUGGGUUUACCAGAUUGGAAGAGUAAUGGGCAACACCUUAGCUCCCUCCUAGAGGAAUUUUGCCUUAUUUCACUUUGUUUCUCUUCUCUUACAGUGACGAUCAUAGGAGGCAUCGUAUUUUUGGCGUUUGCAUUUUCUGCACUGUUUAUAAGUCCCGAUUCUGGUUUUUAACAAGCCGUUUUUUAAUUUGUAUUUAGUUUAAGAUAGGUAACUCUUGUCUUUAUGUACAUAGUGUGCAUUAUAACUAAAAGUGACGGAGAAGACAUAUUUUGUAGUGGUGAUUUGCCAGUUUGACCCAUUUAAAGAAAGUAUAAUGUCCAAAAGAAAUAAUCAUUGCUUCUGUUUGCAACAUGGAUUUUUAAAAGAAACCAGGUAUCUAAGUGUGGAUUUUUCUUUUCUCCAGCACAAUUAUGUUGAUAUGGUCACCUUUCUUUUAGUUAUUUGUGGGAGAGGGCAUACAUAGAACCAUUGUGCGAUGGGGUCUACCCUUGAUUUUCUUUUAGUACUGACCCCUUUAUGAGGAAUAUACAUUUUAUCCUGGAUCACUGAGCUGUUUUUAAGAUGAUAACUGCCUUAACAUUUUUCUUGAGGGAGGAAUGAAUUGAUUUUUAUCUUUUAAAAUAUUUCCUUAAGCCAGUAAGCAGUUUAAUCACAAGUCUUUUAAAAAUCAGUUUUCUUUUGUUUUUUUUUUUAAAGAGGAACAUAUUACUGUUAUAACAUGGCAAGAAUUGUUUGCCAGGUUCAUUCUCCCCCCCCCCCCCCCCCACCUUUUUAAUUGGGUAGGAAACCCAAUAUAAAAACAGUCAAUAUUUGACAACGUGGAGUUACUAAAUUAAAAGAGAAUACUGAGUGUAUUCGUAUUUUUUCUAUAUUGAAUAAACGAUGUAACAUAGAUACGAUGUAAAUAAAAGUGGUAUGACCAGA